CGAAGCAACAGCAGCAUAAGCAGACGGGAAGCAGUCCGGCAGCCAGCGCGUCGCGACGGGGGGGUUUGAAAGAGAAACUAGCCCAACUGUUCGUCCUGGACCGCCGAACACACCCCCUCACCUUAAUACAGUUGUGAACGAUUAGCGGCACCAGCUAGUCUUGGCCUCUGUCGUCGGUAUUAGAGGUGAAUAGAUAAAAAAGCGAGGAUGUUGGUCCCCGCGGGAAGAUAAUGAAGAAGCUGCGCGUGUUGUUGCUGUGCGCCGUUUUAGCUCUCCUGUGCUGGCACUCUUGUCAUCAUGUUUAUUGUUCAGAAGAGAUCUCCCCUGGCCCAGGACUCCCUGCACAGGAUGACAGCCGUUCCACAACGCAGGAACCAGGGGCCGAAGACAAGGUUGAGGAGGAAAGGGCGACACACACUCAGUCAUCGUACGACGUGGGUCUGGAGACAGAGAGAGCUGCACUAAAGGAAACAACAUUGCCCUCACAAGACACCCUGCAUGAAGAGAAGCACAAACAGACUGUGAAUUUGGAAGAAGUGUUGGAGGAGCCGCAGAUUCAGCUCGAGUCUGCUCUCCCUGAGCUACAACAACAACAACAACAACAACAGCAGCAGCAGGAGCAGCAGCAGCAACCAGAGCCCCAGAGCACCCAACAAUCAGACCAACAACAGUCAGCUCAACCACCAACACUUACACAGCCCCAGACAGCACCGCCACUUUCCCAGCCCCAGCCAGACCCUGAAACCCCACCGGCCACUGCCACAGAGGACCAGGCUGCUUUAACCCCCUCACAGACUGACCCACACGGAGAAGACCCAUCCGCACCUCCUGCUGAACUUCAGAAGAGCCCAGAGUCAGCCUCACCUACCUCAGUCACCUCCUCCGAGAGCUCCUCCAGUGGACUAGACGUUCCGCGUCCUGAUGCCCCUGUAGAGAACUCUAGUGCCAGUCAGUGUGAGGUGGGCUCUGUGCCCCCCUUCAGCCAGUCCCUUGGCACCCCGCUCACCAGUGUUGUGGAGGAACAUCAAGCAGAGAACCAGUCUGCCACAUUGGGAGAACAGAGUCCAGAGACCAGUGCUGACCCGACUGCCACUCUGCUCCCGAGUGAGCUGGACCUCACAGAGCUGGGGCAGACAGCCAGUAUCCCUCCACCUACAAAAAGCCAGCAGGUGGUGGACCACGAGGGAGCAACAGACCCUCCUGUACCCAGUAAAGAGGACAUCCCCACUUUUGAUGAGUGGAAGAAGAAAGUGAUGGAAGUAGAAGAGAAGAAAAGUCAGUCUCUGCACACUUCAUCUAAUGGCAGCCCUCAUCCAGUCAAAAAGGUCCAAAAGAAUUUCAAGAAUAACUACGCUUCUGUCGAAUGUGGGGCCAAAAUCCUCUCGGCCAACAAUGAGGCCAAGAGCACAUCUGCCAUCCUGAUGGAGAAUAUGGAUCUGUACAUGCUGAACCCCUGCAGUACCAAGAUCUGGUUUGUUAUUGAGCUCUGUGAGCCAAUCCAGGUGAAACAGCUGGAUAUUGCAAAUUUCGAGUUGUUCUCCUCUACACCAAAAGAUUUCCUUGUGUCCAUAAGUGACAGGUAUCCGACCAAUAAGUGGAUCAAGCUGGGCACCUUUCAUGCCCGUGAUGAGCGCACCGUGCAGAGCUUCCCUCUGGACGAGCAACUCUACGCCAAAUAUGUCAAGAUGUUCAUCAAAUACAUAAAGGUUGAGCUACUCUCCCACUUUGGCUCUGAACACUUCUGUCCGCUCAGCCUGAUCAGGGUGUUUGGCACCAGUAUGGUGGAGGAGUAUGAUGAAAUAGCCGACUCUCAGUACACGUCAGAAAGAGCCGAGUAUCUGGAUGAAGACUACGAUUACCCACCUGGCUACCUGCCCUCAGAGGACAAGACAUCGAAGAAUCUGCUGGGCUCCGCCACUAACGCCAUCCUGAACAUGGUAAACAACAUUGCAGCAAACGUGCUUGGAGGGAAAACGGACCUGGAGGACGGAGCUGAAAUGGAAGGAAACGUUUCCUCUGGGACAGAAAAUGUCACCCAGGCGUCAACAGAAACCACACUCAUGCCAGAACCUACAGAACAGCCCUCUACGCUGGAUGUUCUUGAGCUGGAUCCCACUCUAGUAAAGGAGGACUUAGAGGUUCCUGUUCCUGAGGCUUCUUCAGAACCUCCCCCUGAGGAGAGCCGUAUCGUCAUCCUCAUCGAGGAGGAGGAAGAGGCCACCCAGCCAACAGUGACCCUGCUGGAGGAGGAGCGAGAGGAGGAGAAAAGGCUAGAGGAGAGGUGGGAGCGGGAGAGCGUCACAUACUGCGGCCACCUCUCCACUUUGUCCUGUUUGGCGUCUUUGCACGAACACUUCUACUGCUACUGCUCAGCAGCACUAGCACUACAGCGCCAGCGUAGAGACCGCCGUCAUAAAGCACAGCACGCACACACCGAUGCAGAUACUCAAGCCGCCCCACAGCAGUCCCUCCCCGACACCACCCUAACCCAAGAGCCCCCUGCGGCCUCCGAGAAACUUCCAGAAACAGAGCAACCAUCUCAGGCACAAGCCGAGAGGAUUUCUCCCACAGAAACGGUGGCUUCUCCGCCUCAGUCCUCUAGCGGCGAGUCUGUUGUCACAGAACAGGAGCUCCCACCUGAGACCAUUCUGUUAGAGCCCAGCCGUACCUCCACCCUUCCCCCACACAGCUUCUCCGACACCCCCACCCAAAACAUCCCAGAGUCCCUACCCACGGGUGAGCCCGUGGACCAGCGUCCUCAGUACCUGGUGGACAUCCCAGAAACCCAUACGGCCGCCAGCAGCGCCAGCAGCAUCCUCUCUCCCAGUGCCGUCUCCUCUCUCCCAGUGCUCUCCUCCACCACCACCACUGAACCCCACAGCCCAGAGAUGGAGCUUCCCAAACUGGAGCUCCCCGUCGCCACCAAAGAGCAGACGGUUCAGCCGUUGCCCACCCACACUCGCCCCGCCGAUAUCCCACCUCCUACUGAACUUCCUGUUAUGCUGCCGGAGGCCUCGGAUAUCGUCAAGACUGAAGAUCCUCACCACAGGGCUGUGGCUUCCCAGCCAGAGCUUUCUGAAUCGCCUCUGUCUCAACAAGAGGAGACCGUUGACGACAUCCUGCUACCGCACCGCACCGCUGGAGAGUUUUACGCGGAGCAGCAGCAUUCGGCGGAAAUGGGCCACGGGAAUGGAAACGGCAAUGGGAAUCAGGUGCACGGAUCCAACCAGAAGGAAUCGGUGUUCAUGAGAUUGAACAACAGGAUUAAAGCACUGGAAAUGAACAUGUCCCUCAGCAGCAGAUACCUGGAGGAGCUCAGCCAAAGGUAUCGUAAACAGAUGGAGGAGAUGCAACGGGCUUUCAACAAGACCAUCAUCAAACUGCAGAACACCUCCAGAAUCGCAGAAGAGCAGGACCAGAAACAGACAGAGUCUAUACAGCUGUUACAGAGCCAGCUGGAGAACGCUACCAGGAUCAUGCUGAACCUGUCUGUCACUGUUGCUCAGCUACAGCGAGAGGUGUCUGACAGACAGAGUUACCUGGUGCUGUCUCUGAUCCUGUGUCUGACGCUGGGUCUGCUGCUGUGCAUGCAGUGCUGCAGGAGCUCGCCCAGUCACAACACCAGUUCAACCAUUCCCACGAGCAACCACUACCCCAGCCCUAAGAGGUGUUUUUCCUCAUAUGAUGAUAUGAGUCUGAAACGGAGAGUUUCUUGUCCUCUCGUUCGUUCAAAGUCAUUUCAGCUGCCCACAUCAGAAGUAGGUCCUGAUGACUUGUACAUUGUAGAACCUCUAAGGUUUUCUCCAGAGAAAAAGAAGAAACGUUGCAAGACAAAAGGAGGGGAGCGAGUGGAGACGCUCCGGGCCUCGGUCCCUUCAGUGACGGGCGUUAAUGCUGAGCCCAGGUGCAACGGUGAAACAACAUCAUCAUCAUCAUCGCCUUCUCUUCAGUUCCUGCCGUCAGCGUGCAACGGCUACGCUUCCACCUGCUCGUCCAGGGACUGCGCCUCGGAGGGCAGCUCGGAGAGCUCCGCUUCGACGCUGUCCGAGGAGUCCUUCAGCAGCGCCCCCUCCGUGAACGGACACGACCCCACCCUGUGCAACGGCGAGCCCCCCCCGGCCAAGAGCAAGAUGGAGAAGAGGUCUCUGAAGCGCCGCAAGUCCAAGAACGCCGAGCAGGAGGCCCGGGCCGUGGGAGACAUACUGCCGCUUCCUGUGACCGUCAUGCCCGCUGGAGAGGAGCUCAAAGGAAAGGCGGACCUGGCCGUGGCCACUUUCGGGAGGACGGCUGUAACCGGACGAGUUUGAGUUUUCACGCCGCCGUUUUU